CAGUUCUGGGACCAAAUCAGUGGUGAACAGCAAACACUGCUUUUAAACGACUUAAAAAGUAUUAAUUUUUCUCGCGUUUGUCGCGCUUUCAACGACACGUUCAAUACAAACAACGAUCAAAAUGAGAAAAUUGAUCACUUGUUGGAACCGCUCUCACCUGAAGUACACGAAAGCAUCACAAGAACUUCUAAACAGAAACUCGAUUCCUAUCGAGAAAGUGAUAUCUGAAGGUCGAGUGGCGGCCCUUCUAUUGGCUGGCGGUCAGGGGACACGACUUGGUGUCAAUUACCCGAAAGGCAUGUUCGACGUCGGCCUCCCCUCCCAUAAGACUUUAUACCAAUUACAAGGCGAACGUAUUCUUCGACUCGAGAAACUUGCGUAUGAGUUGACGGGAAAGAAGGGUUCAAUUCCCUGGUAUAUCAUGACCUCUGAAGCCACUAAAGAACCCACUCUUGAAUUUUUUAAGAAGAAUAACUAUUUUGGUUUAUCGGCUGAGAACGUGGUUGUCUUCGAACAAAGCACUUUCCCGUGCUUUCAAUUUGAUGGACAAAUCAUUUUGGAGACGCCGUACAAAGUGUCGAGAGCUCCCGACGGCAACGGAGGUCUCUAUAACGCGCUCACAGAUCGCGGCAUUUUGGAUGACAUGCAAAAGCGAGGCAUUGAACACAUCCAA